AUCCAAACGCUCCAUCCAAACAGUCUUCAUAGUGUGAUAUGUUCCUUUUCUGUUUCUACAAGCUACAGCUACCUGGAAAUUUGAACAUCUUUCUGACAAAAGAAUCGACUGUGAGUCCUCCAUCUGUUUCCAUAGUCAAGGUACACACUAGCGUACUGAUUUUUCUUCCUCAAAAUGAUCAUACUACGUAGCUGCACCAAGAGAUCAUGUUGCUUAAAGACAAAAUCAUUCACCAGAAUGUUCUGUUCGAAGGACACAACACAACUCAUGUUUGAUCCCAUGAAAAAGGUUUGUGACAUUUUGAUGUCUUGCCCGAAAUCAGGGCUUGACGCUGAGCUUGACCGGAGUGGGGUCAGGCCAUCAACAGAUCUGGUCGAAGAAGUGCUGAAGAGAUUUGACAAUGCUGGUAUGUUGGCUCACCGUUUCUUCGAGUGGGCAGGUAGACAACGGAACUACGAGCAUAGUGUCAGGUCUUAUCACAGCAUGAUUGAAUCCCUUGCCAAGAUUAGACAAUAUCAAGUAAUGUGGGAUCUUGUGAAUAUAAUGAAAGGAAAGGGUAUGCUAAAUAUUGAGACAUUUUGUAUAAUGAUGAGGAAGUAUGCGAGGGCAAAGAAGGUGGAGGAGGCGGUGUACACGUUCAAUGUGAUGAAGAAAUAUGAUGUCCCUCCCAACCUCGCGGCUCUCAACGGGUUGUUGAGCGCCCUUUGCAAAUCGAGAAACGUGAGGAAAGCGGAAGAGAUUUUCAAUGAUGUGAAAGACCGGUUUGCCCCCGACGUGAAAACGUAUAGCAUAUUGCUCGAGGGAUGGGGACGAGAGCCCAACCUUCCAAAGGCGAGAGAGAUUUAUGCAAUGAUGGUCGCGGCAGGUUGUGGGCCCGAUAUAGUCACAUAUGGUAUUAUGGUUGAUAUCCUGUGCAAGGCUGGCCAGGUUGAGGAAGCAGUUAAAGUUGUCAAGGAGAUGGAGUUUGGGGGAUGUAAGCCAACUUCUUUUAUUUACAGCAUCUUAAUCCAUACUUAUGGUAUGCAUAACAGAAUUGAAGAUGCAAUUGAUACAUUCCAUGAAAUGCAAAGAAGCGGGGUCCACGCUGAUGUGGCCAUUUAUAAUUCACUAAUAAGCGCUUUUUGUAAAGUGAAGAGGUAUGGGAACACUUAUAGGGUCCUAAACGAGAUGGACCAUAAAGGUGUGACCCCAAACUCAAGGACUUGUAACAUCAUUCUGAGCAGUUUAAUUGGUGAGGGGGAAACUGAUGAGGCUUUCAAAGUCUUCCGGAAGAUGAUCAAGAUCUGUGAUGCUGAUGUGGACACAUAUACCAUGAUGAUAAAAAUGUUUUGCGCGAGAAAGGAGCUUCUAAAGGCACGCAAAAUAUGGAAGCUUAUGAAGGAGAAGCAGGUUAUUCCCAGCAUGCACACUUUUUCUGUGCUUAUCAAUGGGAUAUGUGAUGACGGGGAUGCUCGCAGGGGUUGUAAAUUGAUGGAAGAGAUGAUUGAGAAAGGGAUUCGCCCCGACAGGGAGACGUUUGGAAAGCUAAGACAACUGCUCUUGAAGGAAAACAGAAAGGAUGUGCUCAAAUUUCUUCACGAGAAGAUGGAUCUUCUGGUCAAAGAGCCCUUAUGUGACUAAAAAUUGUGCUUAUUAUGUGACACAGCCGCCUGACUUUGUGGCAGUGACACUAUCACCCUUGUGUCAAUGCCAACUUCUCGUUGAAGGACAAUAUUUCAGUAAGUGACAAACACAGUGAAAAUCUAGCCGCUGCUGUAACAGUCACAGUGACGCCUCAUAGGCACUAACGCUACAAACAUACACUAUACACCACAGUUUUACCCUGCCCCUACUAGAAUCACUACACAUUGCCGUAAAUUGUACUCAUCUCAAGAAACUAUAUCAACAUCGGCAACACGCAUACCUGAACCUCAUGAAAGGGAAUGUUGUGAGAUAGGAACUAUGGGAUAACGACAUCACAAGUGAAGUUGGCUCCAGUAUCACCUAUAGAGGCGACAUAUACUAAAGUGAUUUACUUUAGUUUCUUGAGAUUAGGUUCUAUGUUUUCUUCAUUUUUCUUCUCUGCUUGUUUUGAGCCCUUAGCUCUUGAAUUUAAUGCACCAUAUUUAUAUCCAAAGGGUUACUUUUCAUUAUAUCCAAAUUAUGUGUGCAUGUUGUUAUGUGCACUUUUUUAUUAUU